AUGGUUCAAUCUCAUAUCAACGACGCAAUCGGACCUCUCCCAACCAAGGCACCAGCACCACAGGACAAUGUGCUCAAGUUGUUUUCGUUGAAAGGAAAAGUUGCCUCUGUGACUGGCUCCUCCGGUGGAAUUGGUUGGGCUGUGGCUGAAGCAUACGCCCAAGCUGGAGCUGAUGUUGCCAUCUGGUACAACUCGAAACCUGCUGAGGAAAAGGCAAAGUCUUUGGUGGACAAAUACGGUGUUAAGGCCAAAGCCUACAAGUGUAACGUUUCCGACCCCGAAGAAGUGGAGAAGACUGUGGAGCAAAUCGAAAAGGACUUUGGCAGACUAGACAUUUUCGUUGCUAAUGCCGGUGUGCCAUGGACGGAAGGCCCAUGCAUUGAUGUGGAAGGUGUAGACAGCUGGCACAAAAUUGUCAACUUGGACUUCAAUGGUGUCUACUACUGUGCUAAGGCUGCAGGUCGCAUCUUCAAGAAAAACGGCAAAGGCUCGUUCAUUAUCACUGCUUCCAUGUCGGGCCAUAUUGUCAACAUCCCCCAACUCCAAGCACCUUACAAUGCAGCCAAAGCGGCAUGCAUCCAUCUUGCCAAAUCGCUUGCUAUUGAAUGGGCCCCAUUUGCACGUGUGAAUUCUAUUUCUCCUGGCUACAUUGCAACGGAAAUUUCAGACUUUGUUCCUGACGAAAUGAAGACGAAAUGGCAACAAUUGAUUCCUUUGGGUAGAGAGGGUGAACCGCAAGAACUUGUGGGUGCUUAUCUUUAUCUCGCAUCCGACGCUUCUACAUACACCACAGGUACCGAUAUUUUGGUGGAUGGUGGUUACUGUGCACCAUAG